AUUUCUACUAUAUAUACACCUUGUCUUUCAUGAUGCCCAACAGUCUUAUGCAAGCUGCAGAAACAGACGUGCCGGUGUGAAACGCAUCAAGAUUAUUAUUUUUAUGUCAGUUUUCACUGUUUGCCAAAGGCACUUCAGUAAAAUGGUAAAGGCAAAGAAAUUUGUAGUAGUGAAGCAUUUUCAAGGUGAACCAAAAUCAACAGAUUUACAGUUGGUUGAAGAAGAAUUACCACCUGUUCGGAAUGGAGAAUUUCUUGUAGAAGCAGAAUAUCUUUCUGUGGAUCCUUACAUGCGACCUUAUAUCCAGAGAUUUCCAGUGGGUGUAACAAUGAUUGGUUCACAAGUGGCCAAAAUCAUUGAAUCAAAACAUCCAGACUUUCCUGUUGGGAAAAGAGUUGUUGGUUAUUUUGGAUGGAGAACACACACGAUUAUAAACCAAGAAAUGUCAAGUGGAGAUAACAUUACAGGUCAAAAACCACAUCUUGUAUCGGAUUUAACAGAUUUGCCAUUAUCAUUGUAUUUAGGAGUUUUAGGAAUGCCAGGAAACACAGCAUACUUUGGUCUUUUUGAGAUUUGUAAACCAAAACAAGGUGAAACUCUUGUUGUUAGCGGUGCUGCAGGAGCUGUUGGUUUUCAUGUUGGUCAGCUGGGAAAAAAUGUAGCUGGAUUAACUGUUAUCGGUAUUGCUGGUUCAGAUGAGAAGUGUAAAUGGCUUGUUAAUGAACUUGGCUUUGACCAUGCUAUUAAUUACAAAACUGAAAAUAUAGCAGCUGCUUUGAGAAAAGCUGCUCCAAAGGGAAUCGAUUGCUAUUUUGAUAACGUAGGAGGAGACAUUUCCGCUACAGUUAUAUAUCAAAUGAGAGAAUUUGGUCGCAUAGCUGUAUGCGGAAGUAUUUCUACAUAUAAUUCAGAUGCUUCCACUUUACCAAAGGUAACCAUUUUACAACCAGCAAUAGUAUUCAACCAAUUGAAAAUGGAAGGUUUUAUCGUGCAUCGUUGGGCCGAUCGUUCUACAGAAAGUGUGCAAAAGAAUCUUCAAUGGUUACGGGAAGGGAAACUUCGUUAUCGUGAAACUAUUACAAAAGGUUUUGAAAAUAUGUUCGAUGCAUUUGUUGGCAUGUUAAAGGGACAAAAUAUUGGCAAAGCUAUUGUUCAAGUUUGAAAACAAUUACGAACAUUUAUUGUACUUGUGAAUUUUAAAUACAUAUUCUUUAUUUUUGUU